UGAAUUGAUUGAAUUGAUUGCGAAAGUGAUUGCAUUUUGAAUGUUUGGUUUGAAGUAUAAUUUGGUGUCUAAUUAGUGGACGUGUUUUGUAUUGGAUUUGAUGUCAGUAUUGAAUACAAUGGAAGGACCUCUUUGUAAGUGGACUAAUGUCAUGAAGGGAUGGCAGUAUCGAUGGUUUGUAUUGGACGACAACGCGGGUCUUCUUAGCUAUUAUACGUCGAAGGAAAAGAUGAUAAAAGGCGACCGAAGAGGUUGUGUUAGGCUUAAGGGCGCCGUCAUUGGCAUCGAUGACGAAGACGACAGCACUUUCACCAUAACAGUCGACGGAAAGAUGUUUCACUUCCAGGUCUCAUCCACUCUUAUAGCCAACGACGCCGAGGAGAGGAGUCGUUGGGUGACAGCCUUAGAGGACACUAUCUUAAGACACACACACCGGCGACGGAUCAAAAAGAGUGAUCAAAGCCAAGUGCCAACACUUUCCGAUUUUGAACGUAAACUCACAGAAACGGACACUUAUUUACAGUUAUUGAUAACUCAAAGCAAACAAUUGGAUCAACACAUCGAUAGCGCGUCCAACGAGUCUGAAAAGGAAAAAUACAUUGCUAUUAAAGACAAGACAUUAUCUUUAUUGGAUGGCAUCAAACAUACUAUAGUUUUGCUACAAAUUGCAAAGAACACAACACAUCCUGUGAAUGGAGUUUUCACUAACAGUAUCGCCACAACUAGUGUCGACUCGACCACCAAUUCAUCGCUCAGUGAAGAAUUAGUGAACAAUGAGAACCAAAUAGAGAUUAGCAGUGAUAACAGAGUGGUGUCGUCUCCCAUCUCAAGCCGUCCUCCAUUAGAGCAUAACUAUUCUGUGAGCGAAUCGGUUCUCAAUUUGCAUUCAGUGCCAGAAGUGUCUUACAGUAGCAGCGAUGACGACGACUUCUUCUAUGACGCACCCGAAGAGACUUCGCCCACAUCUGUGAUGACAAAACCAAUUGUCGAAAGUGUUACUCAAGUGAUCGACAAUUUAGAAGACAUGAGUUUGCAAACCGUUAACUCGAAAGACGACAAAUCCAUUGAUUACGACCUGAUGUACGAAAGCGAAGAGGAAGAGUUGGGAAGCAUCGAAGGCCACGGAUCUGUUAUCUCGCAUCUUAUAUCUCAGGUGAAGAUUGGAAUGGAUUUAACAAAAGUAGUUUUGCCGACAUUUAUAUUAGAGAGGCGUUCAUUGCUUGAAAUGUAUGCCGACUUCUUUGCACACCCGGAUCUCUUUGUUAGUAUUACCGACUGUCCCACACCUCAGGACCGUAUGGUUCAAGUGUUAAAGUGGUAUUUGUCUGCUUUCCACGCCGGACGCAAGAGCUCUAUCGCUAAAAAGCCGUACAAUCCUGUGUUGGGAGAAGAAAACAAAGCUAUUGAGGGUCCGAUUCCGUGGGCCAAUACUACAAAUCUUACAUUUAUUGCCGAACAGGUCUCACAUCAUCCGCCGAUCUCUGCUUUUUAUGCCGAAAAUGUCGAUAAACGGAUCAUGUGUUCCGGAAUCGGUUCUAUAUAUUUGUUAGACAAGGGAGAAGAGUACGUUUGUACGUUUCCCAGCGCUUACGGCCGCUCAAUACUAACGGUUCCGUGGGUUGAAUUGGGCGGACCCGUCACUAUUCACUGCCAACAAACCGGCUUUUCUGCUAACAUUGAAUUUCAAACUAAACCCUUCUAUGGCGGCAAAAAACAUAGAGUUAGUGCCGAAGUAUUCAGUCCUCCGCCCACCAAGAAGUCAAUUGUGACGGUUUCGGGCGAAUGGAAUGGUUUAAUGCAAGCGAAAUGGACUCAAUCGGGCAAAAGCGAAGUGUUUGUCGACACGAAAACGAUCCGAAUAAUCAAAAAGCAAGUGAAACCCAUCGGUCAGCAGGAAGUGUACGAAUCUCGCAAUCUGUGGAAAGAAGUGACGGCAGCGCUCAAGAAGCAGGACGUGAGCGCCGCCACAAGCGCUAAGUUUAAUGUCGAACAGAAUCAGAGAGAACUCGUCAAAGAGAGACAGGAAAAGGGUGUCAAAUGGGAUAAUAGGGUCUUCCAUAGUUUGGGUGAAAAUUGGAAUUAUAAUAAUCCGUUGACAACAAGAAAAUAGUAAAUUAUUUUAUAUUGUAUAUAAAAGGUAUGGCAAACGGAUGUUAACUGGAAAUUGCUAUAAUAAUAAUAACUUGAAUUUCUAUGCAAUAGUAAAAUUGUAAACGUUUUGCACGUAUAUCUAAUAUAAGGCGUUAUGUCUACCGAUGAACUGUAUUUCAAGUAACGAUUUUAUAUUUUAACAAAUAAUGUUUUUUAAUUUUUUAAUGUAAUUUUGAGACAAAUCUGAUCACAGAAUUACAACCAGAAUCCAGUUUACAGAGACAUAACGACUGUUAGUUUCACUGCAACACGUUUUGCAUUUUUAAAACCAAUUUGACGUCAUAUAUAAUAGCGAAUAAUUUCAAUACUUUUACUCAAUUUUUGUUAAUUUAAAAGUCAAUUAAUUGUUGAGAAAUCCAUUUCACAAAAAUGGGAUCAUUUUUAAUAUUGUGUAA